UAAUCACCAUUAAAACGUAGAGGAAGUUAACGCCACUCCAUAGGUGACGAGUCUUUGCAGUAAACGUAAAUGAUAAAAUUUAGUGCACUUAUAUGUGAAUAUCUUCAUUAGAUAAGUCGUGACCGGUUUUUAACCUGAUCAAUCUGUUGCAUCAUUUCUUAUCAGUAGUUGUGACUGGAUGGUUGUAUGUCGCUAAACGACCAAACUUAGCUAAAGACAAAUCAGACGAAUCCGUUCUCAGGGUCUUAAUGUUUGUGUUUUCUGGAUUUACUUGAUCAGAAGUCGCUCAUAUCUACAGAGAUGCGGGCUGCUUCAGCCGCAACGAGGGCUGGGACCACGAACGACGGACUCGUAGAAGCCAAGAGCGGACCGCUAUGUUAAAAACAGGACUCUGCCGUGUUGUAAAUGUGACCGUCGUCCUGUCAAACAGCCUGUCUUCUCCGAGUCUGCUGCAGUUUUGCGUCGUCCUCGACUUCCCAGUCGGACCUCCCAGUUUGUACACGUAGCCGCUGUGACUGACUGGGCGACAUUACAGAGCCUCUGUAUCUCCGGUCAUGUCCAGGUCCAGUCGGCGGUACAAACCCCUGCAGCAGAGCAAUGGCAGCACGUCCUUACCCGGCUGCGACCGGGUUCGGAUGCCCCGAGCCCGGGUACUGCUGCUGUGUCUCAUCGGAGUCCUGGUGCUGGCGGUGGUGCUGGGAGUCUACAUGUCCAAUGACACCAGCGGUGGACCUGCGAACCACAUGCCAGUAGUGGAUCUGACCAAAGACAAGUGGUCCCAUAAACCCAGCAAGUGCUUUCCUGCCCAAAUCCGCCGUCUGGCGUCUCAGGUGGAUGGGACUCGUUUGUGGGAAACAUACCUCAGGCCCAUUCUCAUACAGAGGCUCCCAGGGACACAAGGCAGCCUGGCUGUGCGACAGCACAUCACCUCCACGCUGUCGUCACUGUCUGCUGGCUGGUCUGUAGACCUCGACUCCUUCCAGUCUUCGACGCCGCGUGGCCAGGUCACCUUCACCAACGUCAUUGCCACUCUGGAACCGUCUGCCCCUCGGAGGCUGCUCCUGGCCUGCCACUACGACUCCAAAGCCCUGCCUCCAGACCCCCGGGCCCCAGAGAAAGUGUUUCUGGGAGCAAGUGACUCCGCAGUGCCCUGUGCGAUGAUCCUGGAGCUUGCCACUUCCCUGGAUGCACAGCUCCGAACAUUUAAACUGCAGAAACUUCCAGUGUCUCUGCAGCUUGUGUUCUUUGACGGCGAGGAGUCGUUUGAGGAGUGGACGGCUACAGACUCGCUGUACGGCUCCCGUCACCUGGCUGAGCGCAUGGCCAACACACCCCAUCCCGCAGGCUCCACCAUGAUCCAGGCCGUGGACCUCCUGGUGCUGCUGGACCUGCUCGGUGGUCCCGAUCCCCUGAUUGCGAACCACUUUGACAACACGGCCCGCUGGUUUGACCGUCUGAUCGCAGCAGAGAAGAGACUCCAUCGACAGGGCCUUCUGACGUCUCACCCCUCAGAACAGACAUAUUUUAGGAAGGAUGUAUACUUUGGACCUGUCCAGGAUGAUCACAUUCCGUUCCUCCACAAAGGGGUUCCUGUGCUCCACGUCAUCACCACUCCCUUCCCACAGUUCUGGCACACGUUGGACGACACGGAGGAGAACAUGCAUCGGCCCACUGUAGAGAACCUGACUAAGAUCAUGGCUGUGUUUCUGGCCGAAUACUUGGGCUUCUGAAAGUGAACCCACGUGGAUAUUUGUGGGAGAAGCAGCCGAAGAUCACAUAAGUCGGUGAUGAAGAUGCACAAGAGCAAGAGCCUGGUGAAACAAAAUGAACUGAGCUGAAUGUAGCCACAGUUCCUGCAGGACUGUUGAGCCUUCUUGGUUUCAAGGGAUGGAAGCGUUACAGACCUUUAUCCACAUGUGAAAUCUCAAUUAAAAUGACACUGUACUGACUCAUGGUACGUGAGGAGCAGCUAGAAAACAAUGACUGUGAAUCCAAAAGCACUCAAAAAUCUUUUUAGCUUCAUUCCUGUGAACAAUUGCAACUUUAUCCAGUAUUUACACCGUUAAUAUAAUUAAAAUGCACUAAUGCCUUUGCAA